GCCGUAUGUUUUCGCAGGCGGAGCUUCUUCCUCCCGUACCGCUGGAAUUCGCUGCGUGUGUUUUCUCGGCAUAUUUUGGAGGAAUUAAAAAAAAGAAAAAGAAAAAAAAGGAGAAGCAGCACAGGAGAAGAGGGAAAGCAGAGCGCCUGAGCAGGCAGAUGUGAACUGAAGGAACCCGGUCGGUGCCGUUGAUCCGCUACGAUGUGGCAGCCUGCGACUGAGAGACUGCAGCAUUUCCAGAACAUGUUGAAGUCAAAACUGAAUGUUUUGACACUGCGUAAAGACUCAUUACCGAGUGUCAUCUUCCAUGAACCAGAGGCCAUCGAGCUCUGCUCUACAGCACACACCACUAAACCCCGCACACACACUGGCUAUAAGGUGACCUAUCUAGGGAAAGUGACAAUCCCGGGCUCCAAGUUCCUCUCAGGCUGCACUGAGUCUGCCGUGGUGGCAUUAUGGGAUACAAAGUGCUCGUCAAUCGCCAUGGAUGCCUUGCUAGAAAUCCGUCCCUUCCAGGUCCGUCUGCACCACUUGGGUGGGCGAAGUGAGGUGCCAGACUCAGUGGAGUCGUUCCAGGUGGCACGGAUCGCAUAUUGCACAGCUGAUCAUGAGGUGAGCCCGAAGGUGUUCGCUUUCAUUUACCGACAGAUCAACGAGGACCUGACGUUCCAGAUGGACUGCCACGCCGUGGAGUGUGAGAGCAAGCGUGCUGCCAAGAUGCUGGCUCAUGCCAUGAUGGAUGCCUUCACCAAGACCUUCCACUCCAUGCGGACCGACGGGCGCAUUCACCAAUCAGGAUGCGAGAUUCCUGAAGACUCAAAUGCAAACCCUGAUGAUGGUUGAGGCUGAGGGCCAAGGGGGUGGGACCAAUAGGGGGAAUGUUGAUCCCAUCUGUUUCAGUCUUUGGUGGGAUAAUAAAAAAAAAAAAAUCAAAAUGUUCUCUUAGCUCAUGGCUAAUAAAUAAAUGCAUCACUGCAGCCAUAUUGCUAUCAAAUCUUGUUAUUGUUCUAGAAUGUUGCAAUGAAAAAUUGUUCUAGAACAUGUAUUAGGACAUCACAAUGGAUUGUUGUUCUCAACUGCUGCGAUAGUAUAUUGUAUCAGAAUGUUGCCAUUGUUGUUCUACAAUAUUGUGAUCCAGGUGUGUUCUAGAAUACUGUUAUAGAAUACGGCAUUUAGAAUAUUGGCGAACAUUUUGAUAGAGGUUAUGGAAUAUUGGAUUAGGACAUGAUAGUUCGUUGCUCUCAAAUUCCAUCUCAUGAUGGAAUGCGGUGUUAGAUAAAAUAUUAUUCUAAAUUAUUAUCAGCCUUGCUCUAGAACAUCACAAUGAAAAAAAAUUUCUAGAAUAUUGCAACCCUUGUUAUAGAACACAAAUCUAAAUUAUUUUUUAAAAACUCAGAUUGUUUUACAUUAUUUUGAAAAAUGUUUUUGAAUGCCUUGAUGUAAUAUUGCUCUAGAACAUUGUACACAUUGUUCUAGAAUAUUGUUUUAGAAUAGCACAAGCUUUUUAUGGAGCGUCAAAUAUUGGGAGCGUUGUUCUAGAACUUAUGAAAGAUUCUUCCCAAAUAUUGCAUCAUGAUGCAACAUUUGUUUUAGAAUGUGAUGGAAUAUUGUUCUAGAAUGUUGCUAGCAUGCUUCUGGUACACUGAUGGAACUUUGUUCCAAGGAGAUGGUAAAGAACAUGUAUUUUAGAGCAUUAAGGAAUAUUGCAGGCAUUUGUAAUGGAUCAUCAAAUAUUGUGUCAUUAUUGUAAAGCAUUGUUAUGAAAAUUGUCCAGAAUAUUACAUCAGUACACAGCAUUAUUUUAGACUGUUAUGAUGGAAUGUUGGAUACACUGCCCUAGAACAAAGAUGAAAAGUAGUCAAGAAUGUCACAUUUAGAUUAUUCUAGAAUGUUGCUUCACCAUUUGAAAGAAAAAAAAAAUCUAGAUUAUUGUUUUAGAAUGUUAUGAUUGAUCAGAGAUGCCAAAUCACUAUCCCAGGUGCCCAGCUACUUUUCUGUGCUUUUAUUUUUCUGUAUGUACGGUAGUUCCUUGGUGGUCAAGUAGAUUCUAGAGGCAGUCCAUCAACCGCAGAAAGGAAGUAUGCCAUAUUGACAAGCUAUUUUUUAAUUUAAAUUACAUUUAAAUCUAACACACAAGAAUUGGUUAAAAUAUUUUAUGUUGCAAUGCAGUACCAGUUAGUUUUAGAAUAUUGCCUACAGCUAAACUACAUACAUGGACAUCUGUCCUAUUAUGACAUUACAUUAUUUAAAAUAUUAGCAUAAAAGCAUGUCAGUGAUGAAAUUUAAACACCUAAUAUAGAAAUUAACUUUACUACUAGCCACAGUACAAUGAAAAAUACUUAGGAGACCAGAUCUGAAAAGAAAUUCACCUGUGAUCGUGUGGACUCGGCCUAUGGCUACAAAGAGUUGUCUUCAAUCCUGGAAAUUUGAGAACUCACUCAUUUUCAUGUCACUGCACUUAACUAGCUAAGUACCUUGUUAUAUUUCAGGCUAAAUUUCAUUAGCUCCACUUUUUAGCCUAGUUAUUAGAUUCCUAAACAACCAAAAAGAUAUAUGACUGGGUUUAUGAUCUGGAUUUAUGAUUUCUCUACCCUGUAGAGUAUUCUGAAUAUUGUGAGAACUGUUCUAGUACAUUGUGAUGGAAUGUGCUUCUGAAACAUUGUGUACAUCUUUUUAAAACGUGGUGAUGAAAAUGGUUAUAGAAUACUGUUUUAGAAUAUCUCAACAGACCUUUGUAUAUUGAGAAGAUUUUGACUGAACGUUCUGGAACAUUGUUUAAUCACAUCACAAUGGAACAUUGUCCUGAGAUGCCGCAGUAGAUGCGUUUUUAGAUGUUGAAGCAUUAUUCUAGAACAUCAAUGGUGAAACAAUUUUGUAGUGCAUAGCAUAGCUAGAACAUUGUUGUAGGACUGUUCAAGGGUACCUUGAUGAAUGAUCUGAUGGAAUGUUGGGUAAUAUUGUUAGCAUUGUUAUUGACCAGUAGAAUUUUCAGAAUGAUCACAAACUUUAUUCUGAAACAUUGGUGAAAGUUUCUUUGAGAAUGUAAGGUUGUUUUAAAAUACAAUUGUGCUGGAAUGUUCUACAGCAUUGUACAGUGUAUUCUACAGCAUCAUGAUAAAACAUGAUAAAAUGCCAAGAGGAACGUUGUUUUAUAACGUUGUGAUGAAAUCUAUUUUUCUAGUACUGCGAACAUUCUAUACUGCAGACAUUCUUCUAGAAUGCUGUAAAAGAAAGUUGUUCUAGAAUGACAAUACAUUCUUGAACAUUGUGAACGAAUAUAGUUGAAGGAAAAAAUAGCUCCCCAUAUACAGAAAGCUACAGUGUGUUGCAGUAACUAUGAGUGGUGGGGCUUUCCUGUCUUGCAUUCUGCUUAGCCAAUAAGUAUCUCUGGAAUUUGUUCUCUCUUUCACACAGUGUUCUCUCAGUAGCCAAAGUUCUUACCCAAUGUGUUUUUCAAAAUUGUGUUUUUACCAGCCAUAUCCAUAUAUAUAUAUAGUGUGUGUAUGAGAGAGAGAGAGCGAGAGAGAGAUUGUGCUAAAGUACUAAAGACCAUGGAUAAACCGUGGAUAAAUUUUUACAGAACGGGUUUUUGAAAACAGUAUUAGGUGAUGCUUGGUGUUGUGCUGCGUGUGUGUGUGUGUGUGUGUGUGCACGGGUUUGUGGUUGGAAGUGUGUGACAGAUUUGUUUUUCUCAGCCACAUUAAUCACUGUGCUGUGUUCAGUUGUAAAGUUUUUUUUGCUGUUUUAUUCCCUCUGCUUUGACCUACCUGGCUGCAUCCCAAACGCAAGUGUAUGGUACACAUGUCUUUGUUAUGAAUCAUUCUCACAAGUGCUGGUGACUGAGAAGUUUUUUUGGGGAUGAAUUACACAAAGCCUGGUACUUAAUGAACUAAUUUGUGGUCUACUUUAAUUAGCAUGCAAGCUAUAUAUGAGCUACUGCUCUACCUUUCAGAUAAAUUAGCUAAGCUUACGCACUGCAUCCUGAUCUGGCGACUUGUCCAGGGUGUACCCCGCUUCUCACCCAUAGUCAGCUGGGAUAGGCUCCAGCUUGCCCGUGACCCUGCACAGGAUAAGCGGUUAUAGAUAAUGGAUGGAUGGAUGGAUGCACUGCAUCCACUGUGAGUCAGACUGUAUGAACAACACAAUGAACAAGUUUUAUUCAACUGUAUUUUUUGAGUUCCAGCCUUAAAUUGGCUGAUGCUCUUCUUAAGAAUACUAGAUAUGAACUCUAGCAUUUGGGAUGAAGCAUUAGCAUGAGAUGGGGUCCAGUUCCUGUCUCUUUUUGAGCAGUGGUGAAUGACUUCAUGCUGCACACUUUUAUUUUUAAAGUACUUGUUGAUUGGUUAUCUUCACAUGAUUUGUGGAUAUAUUCUUGUACAGUUGGCUGUGGAUUAUGUUCUCUCUCUCUCUCUCUCUCUCUCUCUCUCUCUCUCUCUCUCACACACACACACACACACACACACACACACACACACACACACACACACACAGAGAGAGAGAGAGCUCUAAAUGAAAAAUGGAUCAGUAACUGGACUGAAAAUUAGUGGAACAGAGAUAAAAAGAAAUCUCUAUAUAAAUAUGAAUAUAAAUUUAUCUAUACAGUGUAUUCAUGAAGCCUUUGUUUAUACAGAUGUAUCAGUUCUCUAUUAUUCCAGUCAAAUGUUUAUAGAUAUUUUUGUUUAAUCACAUGAAUUCAGUAUUGUGCAGAGGAAGAAUGAGUGUACUGUUGUUUUCUGUGAAUGUUUUCACUUCCUGCCAUAGCAGCUUUAAAUGUCUGGUGUGAAUUUCUAUCAAAUAAAAGUCCUCACCUAUAAACUCUUUACCAGCACAA